CCAAAUUCAACUGAAAAAAAUAGUAUUCUUAUUUGGAUCUGGAAUAAAAUUGAUGGAUUGACUCUUUCAGCGUGUGAUACUGAAAGAUCCAGUACUGAAGGUUUGCACACUUCUAUUGGCACUGGCAUCAACAACGCAUGUCUUUUGUCCAGUUUCAAAGUUGAUGGUUGUGUUUGAAACGUGUGGUGUUUUCUUGGGUUUGCUUGAAGGAUUUUACGUGUUUUAUGUCUUCUGAGGUGUGUUUACCUUGUUCAGACAACGAAAGGACCCAAAGUGGAUCAAGAAGUGUUCGCUUGGAAACAUUAUCAUUAUGUAUGGGGGCUUUCUUAAAACUCAGGAGCCGGAAAUCUCCAAGCCUCCUUUAGACCCGGAACCAGUAGUGACUGCUCCACCCACUGCCAAAAAGAAGGGGCCUGGCUUUGGAAGAUCCAAUGGCAAGGUUAUGCCUCUGCGGGCUGAUGCUGUCCCAGAACUGUCCCAAGUUUAUAGUGAGGUGUAUAGUGAUCUCGCCAAGAGUAACAGGCGUUCGCAUGGAAAUUUUUUCAAUCAAAAUGAGAGCCAUGAGUGGGCUUAUCAUACCAAUAACACUAUACCUGAGACUUUAAAUUCCAGUAGAGAGUGGAAUUUUCCACAUAGAACUAACUUUUCUUCCUCUCAAAAUGAUCUGAGAGCUAUUUCUGAGUCGACUCCUUUAAAGUGUGCUCAACAGGACCAUCAUGAUAGAGCAUCUGCUACUGUGGAUAAAGAGAACUUCUACACUCCUCGCAAGACAUCCGAGGCAUUUGCAGCAAGCACUCCUUCUGCUCGAUGUCCCUUGUCAGCCUUGCCGAUGGACAGUGCUGCAGCAAAAGAUACCAUUGAUGGUGUGUUAAGUCACAAGUCAUCAGACUUGCAGACCAGCAGUGGUGGGACUGGCUUCUUUGGAAGCACAAAGAAAAUUUCUUCGGAUGCUGAUAUCUUUCGAACACCCCAAUGCAAAAUAGCUCCAAACCAUCAGAAUUCAAUCCAUGCAAGUGGGCAUACAAGGCCAAGGUUGUAUGGUUUGUCUUCAUCAAAAGUGUUUACAAACAUUCCACUUCAUCCUGCAGUUGCUGCAGGCCAACAGCAUGCCAAACACCUUCAGCAUCAGCAGGUGGCUGAAAAGCAGUUUUCUCAAGAGUCAAGGAUUUCAAGGAAGCUUAUAGAUCCGACUCCUUCAAUAACUCCUGCAGCUCCUGUUAUGAAACAAAGUCAAGUAGCCACAGUUCUAGCUACCACUGAGAAUCAGCCGUCACAUCUGGAUGGAGUGUCUCAGUCUUCAAAUUCUUGGAUACGUCAUUCCAGACCUGUGGAAGUAACUCCCUUCAAAUCAUUACCAAAUCUCAUGAGUGCCCCAUUGAAGCAAGUUGAUGCCGCUUCAGCUGCCCGACUGUGUGAAAAGCAACCUUCAACAUCCUCAAUGGCUGCUGAAGACAGCGUGUCAAGCACUUGGGUUCCUCAUAACAUACCCAGUUGUGCAACUUACAGUAGAGCGCCACAUGUACAGAAUAUGGAUGGUGCCAGCCGGAGACCAGGUCCAGAAACCAAAUCUCAUAUAAGUGAGCCACCAUUAUCCAAAAUAAAACUAGAGGCUCAAGAUACAGUUGAAGCUGUUAUUGAACCAAAAAAGGAUAAACAGCAACAGUUGUCACCAGCACAAGUUGGAGAAAUGAAACCACUUCAAUGUGCACCCAAAUUACUUGAAACAGCCACAGUGGACUCUGGUGUUCCAAGAAUUGUCAUCAACCCACCAGGUGCCGAUGCCAGAAGCCCUCCACAACCAUCCACCCAUUCUGCACAGGUGUUGGCUAAGAAAACAGAUACCUUACAACAAGUUGUGCAAGGACCAGUCAGAGAGGCUGAAUGUCCACCUCAACCACCAGCUGCCACCAAAAACAUGGAGCCCUUUGUAGGAAAAGUUACCAUGCCAAUGGAAAGUGUGAAGACAAUGGAUUCAGUUAAAAAGGUACAGGGACCGGUCAGAGAGUCCGAAUGUCCACCUCAACCACCAGCUGCCACCAAAAGUAUGGAGCCUCCUGUAGCAAAAGUUGCCAUGCCUAUGGAAAGUAUGAAGACAGUUGAUUCAGUUAAAAAGACCUCAUCUGGCUGUGGUGAGAUUGUUGUUAAUGGGCGUUCAUACUCCAUCCUCAGUCUUCUGGGCAGAGGUGGCUCAAGCAAGGUUUAUCAAGUUUUGGAUCCAGCGAACUCACAACUGAAAGCUGUUAAAUGUGUGAACCUAGCUGAUACUGACGUGUCUAUUUGUGAAGGGUAUCUCAAUGAAAUCAAAUUACUGGCUGAACUUCAGGAUGGUGAGAGUGUAAUUCGCAUGUUUGAUCAUGAGCAUAAGAAGGACCAGAAUUUGCUUUUGGUUGUAAUGGAGAAAGGUGACACAGACUUAUCAAAACUCAUAAAGGAAGUUAGCAAGUCCAAGAUCUCAGCUGCCAUGAUUGUUUACUAUUGGACCGAGAUGCUAAAUGCAGUCAGCUUCAUUCACAAGCGUGGUACUAUCCACUCAGACCUGAAGCCCGCAAAUUUCCUGUUAGUUUCAGGACGCUUGAAGCUUAUUGAUUUUGGCAUUGCAUCUUCAGUUCAGGAAGACAUGACUAGUGUUAUGAAAGAAAGCUUAACAGGAACUUAUAACUACAUUAGUCCUGAAGCAUUGUCUGCAAGCAACACUGAUGGUCAAGGAUAUAAAAUAAGUUAUAAAUCUGAUGUUUGGUCACUAGGGUGUAUAUUAUACAGUUUAGUCUAUGGACAAACUCCUUUCCAUCACAUUACAGGUCAAUUUCAAAAAUUAAAUGCAAUUGUUAGUACAAACUACAAAAUUCAAUUCCCUGAGCCACCAGUUGAAGGCUGUCCUUCAGCUAUAAUCCAGGCCAUGAAAUCAUGCCUCACAAGGAAUCCAAAGGAGAGAGCUUCAGUAGAUGAAUUGCUUCAACUACACUACCUUGAGAGAGCAGGCCCCGAAAGAGUUAUCCUUUCUCAAUUUGCCAACCUUGCAGCAUCAGUUGGGCUAGUGCAAGAAACUGAAGAUAAUCGUUAUGCUGUGGUCAUACGGGCAAUGCAGAGGCUUAUAAUUGAAAAUGAGAAGCAUCUUCCAUUUCUGGGUAGAAAAAGGUAAAUGAGACAGUGUAUGAAAAUUAAUGAGAUAAUCCCUCUGUUGUUUUUAAAUUUCUACUUGUACAAAUUUUCUAAUUGUGCAUACAUUUAUAAGAGUGAAUUUAUUACAUGUUGAUAAAGUCUUGACUUGUUUAUUCUUAAGUCUGUCCUAGUUAUAUGGCAACAUAUUUUCAUAUUGUCUUGUUAUUUUUAACCUGCCAACAAUGCAUCCAUCUCUAUGGAUAAUCUGGGAACUAUUGUAAAUGUUCAAGCAUUAAAAUAUGCUCUCAAUGAUACAUAUUGUCCCUUAUUUUACUGUGAUUUUAAUUUAUCUCUUGUAUAUUGCCUAUCAUUAUUCUGAAUUUUAUGCAGGCUCCCCUAAUCUAUGGUGGACCUAAUAUUGUGUGCGUGUGGAGAAAAUGCUUUGGCUGUUAAGUUGUAGAAAAAAGUAGUAUGUUACCAUUUUCAGAAAUAUCAUGGUUCAUAUUUCAUAUCACAAGAUUUAACUAGUGCAAUAAGAAGUUAUCUUAGCAAAGCCCUAGCUUCACCUCACUAAGUACCUGUGAGUGUAUGAUCUUUAGGACUCGGAGUGAUUCUUAUGAAGUAUAUGUUAACAUAAGACAAAAUAAAUAUUUUAACCAUCA